AUGAAAUUCUCAUUGCUAGACGGCAGUGAAUUAAAACUAGAUGAUACCACGAUAAGUGAGACUAUAGGUGAAAUCGGCUAUUACCUGGAUGAAAUCCUGGAGAACGGCGGUAGCCCUAGUGAACUUGAAGUUGAAGGGAGAUUGGGUAUCAUUUCUGAAACCCAUUCGGACGAUCGGAUUAAAUUACCGAUAGAGACGGAGACUUUGUUACAAGAUAUUCCAUUCGAGUUCGACCAUCGGUUCAUUGGCUCUGUCUCCGAGCAUCAGUUUUAUUGCCUCUUGAAAGAACUAUGCAAACGAUUUGGGAUUCCGAAGGUGCCGUUCACAGACCAGCCCAUCGAGUAUGAACAGAGCACAGCUGACGCGGCUGAGGAGAGUGAGCAGAAAAUGGAUACGGCUGAUGGAGAUAUUUCGGGAGACAUAGGGGCUACAUCGAAAACGCCAUCGCCGAAAGUGGCCCCUAAAUCGCAUGCUGUGCAGCAGUUACUGGAGCCAAUGUUUAUCGAAACAAGUGAUGUUUUUGUUCUGAGAAAGGUUGGCAAGGAAGAAACCCGGUGUCGUGUUAGUCGUAAUCCGGGAACCGGAGACAUUAUUGAGGGCAUCAUUAAGGAGCCGAAGCUCAAACUGAAUGUGUAUACAGGGCGGGAUCCUCAUGAGUAUGAAGUCGAGGUUUUGUUAAGUGAAGCAGGACAGAGUAUCGGAGAUAACACGCGGACAUCUGCUGAUUAUCGUAUAUCUAUAAAUCGAGAAAUUGAAGUUCCUAGAGCAGAGUGUUCUCAAUUACUGAGAUUCAAUAAAGAAAAACUCUUUACAAGAAAUAGAAGAAGAGUCACCCUACCGAUCUUCGGAGUAUAUAGACUUGAUUGCACCAUAGUUAACACGUCUGGAGGUCAAGGCAAUAAGCAGUCGUAUGAAAUGGAAUUGGAGAUCAACCCGUGGGUCCUGUAUUACCACCAUAUCAAAAAACGACAAGGAGACCCUGAUGAGAAAUUCACUCUUAUUGUUGCCAAUUUUAUUGAGAUGAUGAGGUCAUUGGUAGCCUGUUUAACAACCUCGGGAACUCAGGAGCUGAUUCGGAGCACCGCCAAGGGCCAGACGACUCAAGUGUUUGAAUGUGACUUGCGGGAUUGUGCUGUUCCCCCGGAAGUGUUGGACAAGUACCUCAAGCAGUUUAGUCCUGUGGUCCCUUUAAUUGGCGAUUACUCGUUUCGGCUUGAGACUGGUGUCGUCUUGACAGAGGCGGAUGUGGAGGACUCCUGUCGCAUGCACUUGAGUCCACAGGAACUGGCCGAGUUGCAAGAGCGGAACCGAGCGCGGCUGCAAAAGGUUUAUGCAGACUGCACAGUGCGGAAAUGGAGUUGUGAGGACCUGAGUUUGCUGUACACGUUGACUCCUUGCAACGCGAUAGUGAAGGACUUUGUGUUGGAUGGUCCGGGUGUGGUGGAUAGUGUGUAUGUGUUAUCAGCGGAGAAGGUGUUUGGUUACCACGUGCAUAGCAAUCGGCGUUGUCAUGAGAGUAAUGAAUUGCUGGAUCGAGUCGAUCCGCCGCCUCUGCCGGGGAGUGCGAUGCCGGGCCACAUAUUCACACCGAGUAGUGCAGGCGAGUGUCCGACAGGGAACGUGUUAGUGAACAAUAGUGGUCGAGACACGCUGGUGGUGGGUCUAACGCGACCAGCGGUUGCACUCUGGUCCAAGACUGGUAACCGGCGACUGCAUAAGUAUCAGGUCGAGCAGCCCGUCCUCACCGGCGAUGCAUGCAACGGGACCUACAUCCUGGGCACGGUCCAUGGUCGGCUGGUAGGUCUGGAUCCGCGCAGCGCGCAGUUGAACAAUCACGACCGAAAAGAUGCGCUGAUCGGUGCCCAUUAUUUUAAACACCUACGCACACUCUCCGACUACUGUGGCCUCACCAACAGCAGCGAUCAGAUCCUACGGUUCUGGGAUUGGCGCAAGAUGGACAAGCCCUGGGCGCACCAUUACCAUCAACAUCAGAUCACUUCCGUCGACACCGAAUCGCCCGACCUCCUAGUGUUCGGCGACCAAGACGGCAACGUCCUGACGCUCCCGCGUCUCUGGGUCGGUCGCCAGUACCACGCUCUCGCCAAGGACUUGGCGGCCUACGACAUCGCUGGCCCUCACGACUACCAUAACCGUCUCCGUCGUGAACUUAGUGAACCCGCCCCGCCAGUCACAACCGGCGCCGUCGCCGACUGCUUCCAAGGCGGCGUCCCGCUGUUCCCCGAGUUCUCGCUCUACAGCAACCCGCCGGCCGUCCCUCCGGCGAUCAUGUCCCAGCGCUCCGUCUCAGUGAGGUCAGACGCGUCGCGCGAGCCGCUGCGGACGCCCAAGUCGUGCGAGUCCUUCUUCGACGACUUCCUCGACGAAGACGCCGCCUGCGAGUCCGUGGCCGGACCAGGCGACGGGUCUCGGGAGGUUGCUGCGGAGACGGCCACGGGCUGGCUGCAGCGCGUGGGCGGAGUGGCCGCACUCGGCGGCGGUCAGGUCGCUGUGGGCAAGGCUAACGGCGACAUCGAACUGCUGAGUCUCACUCGUCGCUCGCGCCGUCUCGCCGUCCCUGGGACCUGUCCCGACGCCGAGGCCGUGCUGCUCGAGUCCAAGAUCGACGUGCGCUUCUCCGACGGAACCGUCCGCAACCUCUUCACCAACCAACCCCCCCGCGGCGCCGGCUCGCUCCGCAUUUCCAAGUACUACGACAAGGUCUCGCUCGAAAAAGGCCAACCCGAAAUCCAACUCCCGCUCACACCCAAACCCCUUCUCGACGGAGUCACCCUCGGCUCGCAGUGGUUCGGCAAGAGCAGCGACCAACACAAAGUCGUCAACGUCGGCUUCGCACUUGCCUACUCCUUCUUCGCCAAACUCUCCAAAGACGGACAAGUCGACCCUAAGGCACCUGGCUGGCUCCGCGACUUCGCACACAGCAUCGAAUGGGACAACCUCUGGAUCUCCCUCACCACCCCUUCCGGCGCCUUUAUCGCAGGCUACAUCGACUCCAUCCACCCCAGACUCUCUAAAGAAAAGUUCCUCCGCUACGCCGUUGAAGACAAGUCCCUCGCCAACAUGUUCGUCAACGUACCCCCCACCCUCUGUGAUGUCAAAACCACCCACGUACCCAUCGAGCUCCUCCCUGGCAACAACAAAGCCAAAGACGUCAAACUCGUCGACAACGUCAUCAGCAUCAGCAGGUUUCAGACCGUUGACGCCUUGUACAAGUUCCUCUGCAAGCAAUUCCGCGCCGGCUCCAUCGAGCUGUGCAUCCGGCCGCCCUUCGUGCCCGCGCACCAGAAGGUCCCCGUUUCGCAGUACGUGCCGCUGCCCGCCUCCGACAUCAUGAUUGGAGAGCUCUCAGCCCAGCUGGCGGCCAAGGGCAACCUCUCCAUCGCCAUAUACGUCCUGGAGUGA